UCUAAGCGAGAGAGGAUGCGAAAGGAGUGCAGGGGAGGGAUAGAGAGAAGGAAAGCGCCGGUGAAAAAGUCAGCAGUAUGGUGCAGGGCAUGAUAUCAACAGCAGCAGAUAGCGCGUUUAUUGACCUGGGGGCUCCGCAAUGAAAGGUUUCUUGCAAGGGACACUUUGAGAUAUGAUGAGGUUUCUUUCUGGUUGGCAAUAGUACUAUGAUUUGGUAUGUGGUCACUUUGAUAGCAAGUGUAUUCAGCACCCGAGGAACGGCAGCUCAAGGUGCCCACGGCGUGCGAGAGGAGCCCCAGUUUGUGACGGCGCGCGCUGGAGAGAACGUCAUCCUGGGAUGCGACCUGGCCCACCCACUGAACGGCCAGCCCUAUGUGGUGGAAUGGUUCAAAUUCGGAGUGCCCAUCCCCUUCUUCAUCAACUUCCGCUUCCACCCGCCUCAUGUGGACCCGGAGUACGCCGGCCGAGCCAGUCUGCACGGAAAAUCUUCUCUGCGGAUUGAGAAGGUGCGUUCAGACGACCAGGGCUGGUAUGAGUGUAAGGUCCUGAUGUUGGAGCAGCAGUACAACACCUUUCACAACGGCAGCUGGGUGCACCUCACAGUAAACGCUCCCCCCAGUUUCACGGACACGCCGCCACUGUACGUUGAGACCAAGGAAGGCGGCAGCAUCACCCUGAGCUGCGUUGCUUCCGGCAACCCCAAGCCCUCCAUCAACUGGCUCCGGGAGGGUGAGCCCCUGGAGGACCGCAUCAAGUACAAGGUUUCUGAUGGGAGUCUGACGGUGCUGUUGGUCAGCCGCGAGGACAGAGGGGCAUACACCUGCCGAGCCUACAGCAUCCAGGGGGAGGUUGUCCACACCACACGCCUGCUUGUCCAAGGGCCACCGUUCAUCGUUUCCCCUCCCCAGAAUCUGACGGUGAACAUAUCCCAGGCCGCCAAGCUGGACUGCCUGGCCGAGGCCUACCCUGGCAACCUCACAUACACCUGGUUCUGGGAGGAUGACAACGUCUUCUUCAAGAAUGGCCUGAGGGACAGGGUCAGUAUUCUGGUGGACGGCUCGCUCAUCAUUGGCAGUGUGAAGCCAGAGGAUGCUGGGAGAUUCACCUGCAGCCCCAGCAACAGCCUGGGCCGGCCCCCAUCCGCCUCGGCCCAGCUCACAGUGCAAUACCCUGCCCGUGUCAAAGACAUGCCACCUGCCAUUUAUGUGGCCAUCGGCCUGCCAGGCUUCAUCCGCUGCCCGGUGGACGCCAACCCGCCCGCCACGCUGGUCAAGUGGACCAAAGAUGGCAACCCUCUCCGGAUAGAGAAGUACCCUGGUUGGAGCCAAAUGGAGGACGGGAGCAUCCGCGUGACUGAGGUGACGGAUGACUCUCUGGGCACCUACACCUGCAUGCCUUACAACGCCCUGGGCUCUGAGGGUUGGUCCGAUCCCACUCCCCUGGUGCUAAAGGAUCCCCCCAAGUUCUCGAUUGUUCCCGGAGGGGAGUACAGGCAGGAGGCUGGGAGAGAACUGGUCAUCCCCUGUGCGGCUGAGGGAGAAUUUCCCUAUCCCAACAUCACAUGGAGGAAGGUAUGGAAGCCCAGCAAAAGCAAGCACAAUGUCCUCCCCUCAGGUACCUUACAGUUCAAGUCCCUAAGCAAGGAGGACCAUGGGGAGUGGGAGUGUGUGGCCACCAACGUCGCCACGAGCAUCACUGCCAGCACACACCUCCUAGUUAUUGGCACAAGCCCCCACGCCCCGGUCAACGUCCAUGCGGCGGUCUCCACCACCUGGGCCAACGUGUCAUGGGAGGCUGGCUACGACGGCGGCUUUGAGCAGACAUUAUCAGUCUGGUAUGGCCAUGUGGUGAAGAGGGAGCAGCUGGGCCCACAUGAUUGGCUGUCUAUAGCCGUGCCUUCUGGCCAGACAUGGCUGGUAGUGCCCGGCCUGGAGCCCCAGACUGCCUACCAGUUCAGUGUCCUUGCACAUAACAAGCUGGGCACGGGCCCCUUCAGCGAGGUCAUCACUGUGAACACACUAGUCUUUCCUAUAAGUAUACCUGAACCCCUGGUGCUGCUUACCCCACCACGAUGCCUCAUAGCCAAUCGGACGCAGCAGGGCGUCUUGCUCAUGUGGAUCCCGCCGGCCAACCACACAGCUCCGAUCGAGCGCUACGUCAUGGAGUUCCGCCUAGGGGAGAGGUGGGAUGUCCUGGACGAUGCCAUCCCCGCUGGAGAGACAGACCUGCUAGCCAGAGACCUCAUUCAGGAGGCAUGGUAUGAGUUCCGGGUCAUAGCAGUCAUGGAGGAACUGGUCAGCGAGCCCAGUAACACAGUAGGAGUGUCCAGUACAGACUUCUUCCCACCCCCGGAAUUGGUGGAUGAGGGGGGGCUGGCGCGGCCGGUGGUGGCUGGCAUCGUGGCUACCAUCUGUUUUCUGGCAGCUGCUGUCCUCUUUAGCACACUGGCAGCCUGCUUCGUCAACAAGCAGCGCCGACGAACGCUCAAGAGGAGGAGAGACCCCCCUCUCUCGAUAACACACUGCAGAAAAAGUGUGGAAACUCCGACUCCUCUUAGCCCAUUGCCCGGCAUAGAGCCCUACUGUGAGGGGCCAGACGCCAGCAGCUACCAGCCCCCGCCCUCCAGCCCUCAGUCCUCCUCUGGUAAGGAGAGUCCGGAGAGUAUGCGUUCCAUGGGACAACCAUCAGAGUGUUCUGAGGACGGGCAUAGCAUGAGCAUGAAGAAGAUCCCCUCGAGUUCUGCGAAGAAGGAAGAACUCUCCCUGUACAAGAAAACCAAGCGAGCAAUAACGAGCAAAAAGUACAGCGUCUCCAAGUAUGAAAUGGAGGCAACCACGCCAAUUGAGCUGAUCAGCCGAGGCCCUGACGGACGCUUCGUCAUGGACCCCAGCGACAUGGAGAUGAUUUCCAUCAAGCCCCGGCGAAUUGAGGGCUUCCCCUUCGUCGAAGAGUCAGACCGCUAUCCCGAAUUCCGCCAGUCGGAUGAGGAGAACGAUGAUCCCGGGCCCAUGCCCCCCAUCAUGGCAACCCUUCGACCUCACCAAAUCUCCCCCAUCUCCAGCCAGGAGUCUUACCUGCAGCCACCAGCCUACAGCCCCCACUUUCAGAGACCCAUGGAAGGUAUGACCAUCAUGGAGAGCAGUCGGCUUGAGGCCACGGGGCAGAUCCAAGGCUCCCUGCACCACAGAGCCUUCCCCCAGAGCCACGAUCACUUCUACGGGUACCUUGGCAGCCCUGGGGAACCCGACCCUCCACCCCCUUUCUACAUGGUAGACACCAGCCCUCUGAGCUCUGUCAUGUCAUCACCACCUUACCACCCCGAAGGGCCCUUUGGUCACCACCGCAUCCCUGAGGAGAUGGGGGAAGGAGAUAUUCAUCACUAUGCCGUCUCAAGCUUCCCCCUUCCCCUGACGCUUACCUCUUCCUCUCACUCCCCGGAGAUCUGGCACAGACCCGAUUUCCCCUUUGCAAAUCUGGAAAGGCCCCACUUCAUUUUCCCACCCCACCAACCUUUGCAUCUCCACCGGGAACCUUUUUUCCCUCCUCCCCAUGUUCUUCCCCCUGGUGCUCUCCAGCCAUCCUCUCUCCAGGUGCCCUCCUAUCCCGGUGUUCUGCAGAUGGAGGUCCCAAAGGGCUGUCCAGGCAAGUCUCCCAGCAAGGUCAAGCCUCAGGGCCUUCCAGUCAAGCGUUUAGCUAUGCAAGAGGCUCAGAGUCUAGGGAAGCUAAGACACAUAAGCUACGGUAUGGGUGUGCCGGUUUUGCCUUACCCCGACCCAACAGCCCUCAUGGGCAGCCCUAGCACAUUCAGUAGCCUGGACACCCGGUGGUUUGAGCCUACCCCCCGGCUCAGCCCCAGGCAGGCUCGUAGAAUGGAGCCUAGCAUGAUGGUCCUCCAACCUUCCCGCCUCUCGCCCCUCACCCAGAGUCCACUUAGUUCCCACGAGGGCUCCCCAGAGAUUCUAGUGCGACCGCGUCCCCGUCCUAGCUUCGUCCAGCCCUCCAUACCUCCAGAGAUGUCUGAGAUCACCCUGCUUCCCCCCUCUUCAGCCAGCUUCUCUCGGAGGUCGUCUCCCUCUUCCUCUCCCGCCCAUGGUCAGGUUAUCAAGAGGGCAAGUCCCAGCUUCCGCUCCCACAUGGCCUUUGCCACCUCCGCCACAAGCUACCCGUCCCAGUCCCCGUCACCCCCCAUGGAAAGCAGCAACAUGUUUGGGCAGAUCCCAAGUGAUCCCAUUGGGCAGAUACCAUCCCAGAGGAGAACUGAGGAGGAGGUCCUUCCGUCCGAGCCCUCUCCACCCCAGUUUUCAGCUUCAGGAAAUCGUCGAGGUGAGCCGAGUGCCCCUGCGGGGUCUGAGAGGUUUGAUGCAUUGAGGUACCAACGUAUUAAAAAGGCCAAGAAGAUGAUGGUGGUCAACAACAACAACUCCAAGUCCAGAAGAAAAACAGGUGUCUCCACCUUUCAGACCCAGCAGGACUACACCUCUCAGGUACUCCAGCCCGAAGAAGCUCUCUACCUCCGCACGAAGAAGAAACGGCCAGUCAGACAGGACCCGUAUUCCCGCUUCUCCGCUCUGCUGUACCGCCGCCCGCCCCAGGAGGACCGGAAGGCCAUUUUGGCCAGCAUGGAUAACAUGGACCCAGACCAUGCCACUCUCCUCUGACACUGUGGGGGAGUCAGGUUACACUCUUCCCCCAAAAUGCCACAAAACCCCACCUGGAAAAUGAUCUCUCAGUCUAAAGCGUUGCUCAUUCCCCAGCAUCAAUCAAUGGAUUUAAGUUCCUUUUUUAAAAGAAGUUGAAAGUAAAACAGUGGCUAUCCAAUGUUUCCAAAGUUUUACUCCAGUGCAAAACAUUUAAUUUUAGGGAAGCAAUACUGUGUGCUACAACAUAGAUUACUUUGAAACAAAUGUUCUAACCAUUUGGAAAAGGACCCCGUCUGAGGUUUUCACUUUCUAUCUCAUCUUUAUACUUCAGUACAGGCGUAGCCCAUUGUAAAUACGGUCCAUGAAGCCUAGUACGGUCUCAGUUUACAGCACCUUGCUCACCUGAGUAUCCUCACCUGCCUCACUCUGCUAGCCCUCUAUCACCUCCCAGAGACUCUCCCAUCCACACAGGGUUCUCACUCAGAUCCUACAAAAUAUACCUCAGAGCACAGGACAUGGCACCACAACGAGGCUCAGCUAGCUGAACACAACUGUAUUGGCAUGUAUGUUUAUGAUCUUGUAACUUAUUUAAGCAGGGUUUGGUUGAAAUUUGACACAAUUUUAAUAACUCCAAAUGUGAAAAUCCAAUUGGUAACUGUCACGAUCGUCGUGAGGAGCGGACCAAAAUGCAGCGUGGUAUGUGCUCUUGAUGAUUUUUUAAUUAAAGAAAGCACUAAGCACUAAACACUGAAUACAAAACAAUAAACGAAUAAGACGCUAUAAUGAGACCUGUGCUGACACAAGUAACUAACAUAGACAAUCACCCACAAACAAACAGUGACACCCAGGCUACCUAAGUAUGAUUCUCAAUCAGAGACAACUAAUGACACCUGCCUCUGAUUGAGAACCAUACUAGGCCAAAACAUAGAAAUCCCAGAAUCAUAGAAAAACAAACAUAGACUGCCCACUCCAACUCACGCCCUGACCAUACUAAAUAACGACAAAACAAAGGAAAUAAAGGUCAGAACGUGACAGUAACAAUAUAUACCAACAAUUGAUUAGGUCGAUGUAGGUCUACUAUAAGUUGUAGAAUGAUAUCAUGCAGAUCAAAAAUCUAUCCCUGGGCUCUGGUCUUUUGACACCAUAACUGAAGUGUUCAUAAUGGCUAUUAGGGAAAUGGAGCAUGUUAUGCUUCACAUAUUUGAUAUGUUGUGGACAUACAGUAUCCAUCAUCAAGUAUUCUCUUGGAAUCAUUUAGAAGGUAAUUGUACAGUUUAGUUACUCUUUAUAAACAUUCAUUCAAUUUUAUUCUCCCCUAACCCCAUAAAGGAAUGGUGAGUAUAUCCCCUUAUGGGGAAGAUCUGUCAUAAAGUAAGCACAAAAGCUCAUAGAUCUAUUUUGAAUAGGGUGAGGGGAAGGGAUUACAUUGGGAUUAUGCUCCAUUUGAACAGAACACUCUAGGCUUCUGUACAUCUCUCAAGGCAUACAACCUCACACACUCUACACAACACAGUUACUAUUCAGGUUGGACUUUGGUUGUGUCAUCGUCUGGGAAAGGAGUUUGCACUGGAGCAAAAGUUUGUCUUUUGCCAUUUUGCUAAAUAAUGUUUGUUUUUCUCUUUAUUUGAUGCCAUCUUCACUUGUACUAUUAUACUUACUGUAGCGUUGUGAAUAGUUCCGAGGGCUCCAUAUCCUAUUUAAAAAGUACUAUAGUAAUGCCAAAAAUACUACAACUUCCUUAAUCAAUAAAAACAUCACGUGUACUGUAAUGAGAGGAGGAUAGGAUUUUGUGCCAUAGUAUACUAUAGUAUUUUUUCAUUCAUAUGGGCCUGAUUCGAUGAACAAGGGGCUUAUGAUGGCCUCUAUAGGGCUUCUUCUGGUUGCCCCCUUCAGUUUUUUUUGUUUUUUGGGGGUCUUUUUUUGUAAUUUUGUUCUCAGUUGUUUAUGAAAGUAACUGCCUUUGAUGGCCAUUUGCUUUAUUUGUAGCCUUGGCAUCUUUUUGUCUUCGUGUGCUUGAAAUUCCACAUGGCUGUGAUGAGAAGAAUGUCUCGACACUUGUCUAUUCUCCUUCGGAAAGAUCAAUGGAGGAGCUUCUUGUGGAAUAACGGCUACGCAGAGCUGCUAAAGUCUUUAUUUAAAAAAAUGUGUUUCCCUGUCAUUGAAGGGUGCUUUUUUAUAAAUUGGCCUGGAUUAUCAUGUCGAUAUAGACAUAUCUAGGCUCGUCAAGGCUGAGCUGUGUGUGGCAUGGCAAUGGGGGGGUGAUCUGGUGAUAGUCAGUGUUUGGAAUGGUUUCACCCAUACAUGUAGGAACACAGGUGCUGCUGUGCACUGGAGACCAAUUGUUCAUAUGUUUUGGUUCUACUGUUUGUUUCACUGUUGGUUUGACAUUUCUCUGAAUUAUGUAAAGCAGGCACUUUGAUUUGGGUAUAUUAACACAUUUCCCUCAUUGGGUAUAUUAUUGAUACUGUACAAUAAAGGCACUUAAAGGUAACCCCCCCCCCCAAAAAUGUUGUUUUGGUAUCUGUUUCAUUACUUCAUUGUUGACAUAGUCAACAUUUUGGGACUUUGUCAAUAAUGGACUAAUGAAACAAAUAUCAAAAUAUAGUUUUUGUUUGGAGUUUUCCUUUAAGAGUUGCAACUUCAGGUGCUAACAAACUCACCAAAACUGAAAGUGGUAUUUCUACUUGCAGAGAGAUUAGUAAUUUCAGAGGAAUGACAGCUACCACAUAUAUGAAAUUAUACUGUAAUUGAUCAUACUUGAUGUUUUAAGGUUGGUGCAAUACAACCAUACGCCUUUCAACAUCCAUCUUGGUGCUUCUUAAGCUGGAUGUGUACAUUGAGUCCAAGAGAGUCUGAAUCAUGGAUACCAAUGCUCAUAUUAUGUUUAUUUUUUGGCGUGUAGAACUUAUAUACUUUGCCUGCAUAUGUAUUUUACAUCAUAAACAGAUUACAUAUUG